AUCGUUUGGUGGGGGGCAACGAAGGCGCGAUGAGAUCACAGGCUCAGUUGCCGUGCGACUGUCGAGAGGCGCGCUUUUAGUAUCGACGGAUGCACGCGAUAUAGUUUCUUGUUAGUUUCGGUUUCGCGCCAAGCGUUUUCUGCUCCAUCUGGAAUUUCUACCUUUUUUCGAAACUUGUAACAAAAACUCAGCAGGCAUUUUCCGUUGCAUUGUCCUCGUCACCGUAUGGUGCCUAUCGGCCAUCAGCGAGAUAAAAUUCUUUGUUAGAACGGAGCAGUCACUAGCAGAAAACGAAGCGAAGAAGAGUCUCGAUUGAAAUCUCCAACCGCAGGAAGCUAUUAAUACGUCAGGUGCACGCGGUUCACGCACACGUACAUAUACGUGCACACAUCCACCGCCCCGUGCGGGAAUGGAGUCUCAUCCCCGUGCGCGCAGUUGAGCGAUGAUCGCGCGUGAAUCGACCGCGAGAAGCGCGUCGUUUUUUCCACCUUAUGCAUCGCUCGAUGCAAGCGUCACCGCUGGCGUAAGAUACUCGCCGGUCGUGAAUAUUACCUUGGAAACGUCGGACAGUUGCGUGCGGUAGCGAUUAACGGUAGCCGAGGAGAACGGAGAAAAAACAAAUUCGAAACGACAUUUCGAUGCAACCGAGUGUGAUGAAGAAUGGUGCAGCGUGCGCGCAUUUCGUGCUCGCCAUCGUCGAUGCGAGUACAUUUCCGCAGUGAACAUCGUUCGGAUGUGCGUGCGUGUAGUGCUUUCGGCCUUUGAGAAGGCCGAAUUAGUGAAUGUAUAUCCACCUAGAUUUAUAAGGUGAUAUAUCUCUGAUUGACGGUGUAUUAUAUAUUUUAUUUGAUUAUCGCCCAUCCCGACCUUGCCUGCUGAAAGUUUUGGAGUUAGAGGACGAGAGAGCGCGGAGUGAGAAACACGUGUGAAAUUACUAUCCUCGGGUGAAGUUACUCCCUCUAAACUCCACUUCUCUCUCUCUCUCUCUCUUCCUGUAACCAUGGAUAGAAAGCCGAGGACCAGGAUCAGCCGCCGCACGCAGAUCGCGAUAAUGAACCUAUUGCUGCUCUGCACCGCACCUAUCAGAGCUCGCGUAGAAGAGACGCAGAUGGACACGCACGAAGGUUCGACGGUUUUAUUGCAGUGCCGAUUUUCACCGCCAAGGGAAAACGUCACGUGUUUCUGGUUAACUCAUACUAACAACAAUCUCGACAACGCGGCGAUCGAAAAUCGAUCAUUAUCGCCAAACUACAAAGUGUACAUGAAUCUGGAAGAAGGCCGUUACGAUUUGCAGAUCUUGAACGUGUCGUAUGAGCGCGACAACGGCAAAUACGAGUGUAAGCUGAAGGCCAGCAGCACCGGCACCGAUUUUCACAGGAAGUACAUCACUUUGACGGUGCUGAGAGCGCCCGGUCCGCCUACGAUAUCGCCGACCUCCGCACCGGCCACGGAGGGUCAGAGGCUUGAAUUGCAGUGCAACACCUACGGCGGCAGUCCCGAGCCGGAAGUGAGGUGGUAUCGCGGUAACAACAGUAUACCUCUGCACACCGGCAGAACACUGAUAGUGGAACCCACGCGCGAAGACGAUCAAGCGGUCUUUCGAUGUGUCGUAAGAAAUCGUGCGAUGCGCGAGGGCGAAACUUUAAACGCGUCGGUCACGCUGAACGUAAACUACUUCCCGCGCGUGAGUGUCGGCCCGGAGAAUCCGCUCAAGGUCGAGGUGAAUGGCACCGCAAGCCUCGAGUGCUACGUGGAUUCAAAACCGAAGGUGGCCAUGGUUCGCUGGCUGCGAGAUGGCAGCUUCGUUGCCACGCACUUUCAGCACGUGAUACCCAAAGUGACGCUGCAGGAUGCUGGCAAGUAUACCUGUCAGGCAGACAACGGACUCGGGAAGAAAGGUGAAGCCUCUUCGACCCUAGAUGUGCUUUAUCCGCCCACGGUAUCGAUCGAAGGUGACGCUAUUAGAAUAGCCGACAUGGAGGACAGCGUGACCGUGCACUGCAAUGUGUCCGCCAAUCCGAAGCCGGCGGUGACUGAAUGGCUGCGAGAGAAUCGACCGGAGUUCAGACAAACAGGCUCGAUCUUGCGAUUGACUCGGGUCACAGCGGACCACGCUGGUAACUACACGUGUCGCGCGGUUAACACGAUUCAUCCCACCGAUGGAGAACGCAGGAAUCACUCGGCCUUCGCUAGCGUGACUAUCCGAGUGAGACACAAGCCCGGACCGGCCAGGGUGACUCCCGAUUCACCCGUCGCUGUUGAGGGCUCGCGAGUGAUUUUGACAUGCACGGCCAACCCAGCUGGUUAUCCCGAACCGCUUUACCAGUGGAAGAAGGAGGGUAGCCCAAGUCCGAUGUCACCGUCAGGUCCGAAGUACGAGAUCGACUCGGUGCACCUCGGAAGUGAGGGUACUUACAAAUGUUACGCGAUGAACGAGAUCGGCGUCGGUGAUUCCGCAUCUGUCAAUCUCACUGUUCAUCAACCGCCGAAGAUUCUGACUAAAUUACAACCCCAUGUUACGAGAAAAGUCGGCGAGUCGUCGUUCCAAGUAUCCUGCGUAGCGCAGGGCAAACCGCGGCCUAGCGUGCGCUGGUUGAAAGACGAUCAAGAAUUAACGGCCGACGAGAGGCUCUACAAAGUAAUUACGACGGCGUCGGAGGGCCACGGUAGCGUAAUAACCGUAAAUUCCACGCUGAGCUUUUUGGGUCACGCUCGUCCGCAGACCGAGGAGAUCGUGGCGGCCGAUCGCGGCAGGUACACCUGCGUUUUCGUCAACGAUGUGAAGAAGGUUGAGUCCACGAUGAUGCUCAAGGUGGAACACGGGCCCAUAGUACUUCAUCAGCAUAACAAGGUGGCCUAUAAUCUUCGCGAGAUAGCCGAAGUGGCUUGCAAAGUCCAAGCGUGGCCAAAACCCGAGUUUCAGUGGAUUUUCGAUAAUAACGCAGCGACUCUUCAGGGUUCAUCGAGCGACGCUCACUAUGAAAUAACUACCACGAGCGAUAAUUACGACGUGUAUACGUCCAUUCUCAAAAUCACAAAUAUCCGAGAAUCAGAUUACGGCGAUUACACUUGUCGCGCUGCCAACGUUCAAGGUAGCAUUGCGUCUAAAAUCAAACUGCAACCAAAAGGAGCGCCGGAAAAGCCAAAGAAUAUCACUGCUAUGGAAAUCGGGCCUACAUACGUCGCUCUUCUGUGGCAUUUGGGUUUUGACGGUGGUCUGCCUAUCACCAAAUAUUUUGUUUCGUACAGAAGAGUAGCCGGUGGCGAUGAGAUAGUCGCGCCGGAUUGCGCACCUCCUCGCGGACCAGCCGGUCAAUGGCUCGAACUCGAUUGUCGCCGAUCGAAUCCGUGCAACGUGACCGGUCUAGAACAACAUCAGACUUAUACGUUCAAGGUGAAGGUUUAUAAUACCAAGAAUCAUUCUGACUACUCUGAUGAAAUUAGCGCUACUACGGCGGUCGCGAAGAUACCCACGCCACUGAGAGUGAGCUUCGAUCCGGAAAGUGGUACGCUUGCUAUUAAUGUAGGUGCCACGUGCUUGGCAUUGGUGGCGUCUAUCGAGAAGUUUGACGGAGGCUCGGAUACUUCGUGGCGAAUUGUCGACGAGUGGCCUCUUGAAGUUCUCGGAAGUGCGCCUACUCAAAGGGAAGGAAUAUUGGACGAUCCCGAAGCGGCCGACUCGGAACCUCAUCUCAGAGUUAGACUAUGCCUCAAAGCUGAUCGCCAGAAGUGCGGCGAGUACGCGGAAGCCGAAAUUGGACCAUCUUAUAUCGCACAAGCCGGAGCUCUCGCAACGCCAACUUUAAUCGCACUGAUAGUAAGCGGAGCAGUGUUUCUCCUAUUCGCAGCCUUGUUGCUGUUGUUCUGCCGAUGCCGACGAAAACACGCGACGAAGGCGAAGGAUUACGAAAUGGACUCAAACGCUGUUCGUCCGAGUCUCGUAGCUGGAAACGGCCAACAAACGCAAGCACCACCACCAUAUUAUGCCGAGAAUAAAGCUCUAGAACACAGUUUGGAUCAUGCUCUGGCUCUGGAAGACUCAAAAACUCCGGCUUAUUCGCAGUCGGGAUACGGUUAUCAUCAACCUAAUCACAAUAUCAACGGCGUGAAUAUGGGUUACAUGGAUAAUAGUUAUUCAAACUCGAACAACGGAGGCUCUGUGAAUUCACAGGAUUCGAUAUGGCAGAUGAAAUCCGCUGCGGCAAACGGCGUUAACCAGCCGUACGAUCUCGCUGGGUACGGUACUACGGAAUCCGAUUACCCCACGCACCCUCAUUAUCUUCCGCAACGAGAGGAUUACAGAGAAAGCCAUAAUCUGAGCCGGCAACAGUUCUGCUCAGAGCCCUUCGCCACCGUCGUCAAGUCUCAGAAACACGUUGAUUCGCCUUAUGACGUGUCGGGAUUACCGUACCAGGAGAAUUACGACGAGGAUACGAAGCCGCCGCAACAGGUCAGUCUCUCGUAUGACGAGAGCUUGGAGUCCGGCUACUCCACGCCGAACAGGCGUCGGAUAAUUCGCGAGAUAAUCGUUUGAGAUCUGCCUACCGGCUCACGAGCCGGAAACACGCGCACCACCUGGCUAUAGCAGCAGGCCCCUUGUCAUACGGUGACACAGCAUCACCCGCAUCACUAUCAUCAUCAUCAUCAUCGACAUCGUCACCGUAUGGAUAUUGUCCUCGAGAAUCCCUCGGUGUCGCCAUCGGCAAGAACGUCCGCCGCGCCGACUGCGACGGCAACCUCGCAAUUGGGUCUUCCGAUGCGUCCGCUGCAACAUUUUUCGCACCGCGCGGUUUACGACGUAGGUUUACAACGUAGUCCGCCGACAUUACCCGCGGAGGAAUAUUACACGAGGGGUUGCCACGGCCUGGUGUCGUACGGCGAUCUGGAUGGCGCGCCCGCAUCAGUGACAGUCCGACGAGUUGAUAAAUCUGGACUGUUGGAGAUCGCAGAAACGGAUCCCGUCAUGUGUCCGCGUCCUUGCGUACUUACGGGUGCGGAAGAUGUCGGCGUACGUCCCGUGUCCUUACGAGUCGAUCGUUCGGGGCUUUUAGAGGCAGUUCCCGAAGCCGUCGAUCAGCUGGAAGAGCAUUGCAACGACGGCAAUGCGACGUCAAUGCUCGACGAAGAAGCGGCUGUGUCGCGAGAAGAAACGUUAAGAUUAAGCGCUGACGUGAAUUCUCAUGUGUUCGAUGGAUGCUGCCUACUAGAACGGCCGUCGUCCUUGGAAGGACAAGCUUGUCCGGACGAAGCCGACGGGAAGAACUGUUCUACAGAUGCCAAGGUGCUAGACGGAAAUUUGCGAGCUCAGUUCGACGUUUCUAAUGCCACGGAGAGGCUACCGCAUUUGCCAUUCUCACCUGGCCCUUCUUUGCGUUGUCCUCAAAACGAUUCCUCAAGACUGUCACCACUGAUAACUCGUUGCGCGGACGCGGACUCGGCCAGGCGAACUCUGGAAGUAACCGCGAAGUAUAGUCCUGCUAAUUCCACUUCCAGGAAACUCACCAACUCGUCGCAUAGUCCGAUUAUACGAGGACGAUCACAGGUGGGAUGUUCAAAGGACAGCCUCAAUCCAGCGUUAAUCGACUCGGACGAUCUGGUGGUCGGCGCGAGUAAAACUCUUCGUGAAUCGCUACUCGCGGAAGGAAGUACGGAACAAGAAGAGAACGUUCCACCGGGAGAGGAGCGAGCCGAGGCGGAAGGAUGCGAGCAUACUACUACAGAAAGUCUCGAAGAGGACAAGGUAUCGUUCAAAGGGUCCAACAAACUUCUCGACAACGAUAAUGUCCAGACGCUCAAAGUGAUUAUUCUGUCGGAACAAUUGUGAGAGUGACCGUACCGUGUUACAUGAUUACGGACAGUAAUAUCAUCGAUACGCGCGUGUGUGUCAGUCAACGGUUAUCAACAACGAUAUCGGUCUCCCGAGGGAUUUUACCAACUGUCGACAACAAGAAGAACGAUGUAUCCUGUGCGACAAAUUACUCUUCGUCCGUGUCCGUUAAUUUAUUCAUUUUUGCUAAUAUGAUUAUAAUUUUGAAUAUUUCAAAAAAAUUGUCACACAUUUUAUCAUGCAAGUCUUGAUAUUCAGAUAGAUCUGUGUCGAAGUUUAAGCCGCUUUAAGACUGAAUGAAUAUUGACGUUUUAUAGAAUCCGGCAAUCUUAUUGACAUAUAAUAUCGAUCUUGAAAAAAUUAACUGCCAGUUCGGACUGAAACGCGUUACUGUUGUAUAAUUAAUUAAUUAAUCUCGAUGCUGUCCGCGACAAAAUUUUCCUAUAUAUUUAUAACAUACACAUAUUUUGUUGAAAACUUUUUAUAUUGGCUAUUAUAAUGUCUAUUGUUAUUUUAUUAUUUCAUUUUGUGCAUUAAUUUUCUUUCGAGUGCAUUUACAACAAACAUUUACUCUUCAUGAGACUGUGUCCAUAAAAACUUUUUCCAAGUUACCGUGAUAAAAUACUUUAGGAUAUUUUAAUUUCCGGCGACUCGCGUAAAAAACAAGAUGUCGUAUUAUAUAUAAGCGGGAAGAUAUUUCAAAGAUUCAAGACAAGAGAAGGUCUGACUAUUAUCGGUGAUUACUCGACACACGGCGUUCGAUGCGCAUUUUAUACUUUUAUAUACACUUGUGAGUGACGCUGUCUCUUCGAGUGACAAACGAUCAUGAUUUUUCACGUGUGUGUCGAAUCGAAGAUGUUAUAUCGUAUUGUAUAUGUAAAUAUGUCGACCGAGACGAUUCACGCCGGGUUUUUGUAAGUACGUACUAAAGUGUAACGUUUAUAAGUAAGAAAUGUAUUCUUUUGCUGUGAGAAUACAUGAUUGAUUGAGAUACGGCCAUCAUGAACAGUGUUCAAAACAAAUUCACGAUAAAAAAAAACAAA